CUCUGAUUGGUUAAUACAUGUCCAAUCACAGUUUAGAAUUUCCAACGGCAUACAACUGUUUAUUUGUUCUAUCAGAUAAGGAUUUUCAUUGAGAACUUGGUGCAAUGGGGGAGAACAAAUCAAUAUAUAAACAUUUCUCUGCAUUACCUCUGCAACCUAACCAAAAAUCGUAUUCAUGUAACUAUUGCAAGAAAAAGUAUGCAGAAAACAUUACUCGCAUGCGAAAACAUCUUUAUAAAGAGUGUAGAAGUUGUCCUCAAGACUUACGGAAACUUUUAAAACCAUGUAAACCUCGUAAACGAAAUAAUUCUCAUCUAAACAGCACAGACGACUCAUUUACUAUUGAAGAUUUGAAUGAAGCAGACAAUAGAGCAAGUACUUCAAUGAUUUCAAAUGAAAAUUUACCAAAUAAUAUAAGUGUUUGUAGCAAUAACUAUAAAAAAAAUACAAUCGAUAGUUUUUGUGAUAAAAUGUCAAAAAAAGAUGAAGAUUCUCUACAAGAACUACUUGCAGAAGCGAUUUAUGCAUCUGGUACACCAUUAUGUAUAACAGAAAAUCCAUAUUGGCUAAAAUUUUUUAACGCAUUACGGCCUUCAUUUAAUUUGCCAUCAAGAAAUCAAAUAUCAAAUAAUCUUUUAGAUUCAGUAUUCGUUAGAACACAAAAUAUGGUUAAUGAAAAAAUUGAAUCUGCUACUACUGUUGGAGUGCAAUGUUACGCAUGGUCUAAUAUUCGCAAAGAAGGAAUCAUCAAUUUUAUUGUAACAACCCCAGCGCCAGUUUUUUUCAAAACAUUUCCAACUGGAACCGAAUCACAAACUGCCUUAUAUAUUUCUGAAAAAAUAGGAAGUGUUAUUGAUGCUUUGGGAAUUAAAAAAGUUAUCGGAAUUUGUAAGGUAUUAAAAGAUUUAACAGAUUAUGUGUCAGAAUCAAGUAUGUGGAGUUACGACUACGUUAAGCGAGCAAGUAUAAUCACUUCAGCAUGUCAAUGGUGGCAAAGUAUUUGCCAAAAAUCUUCGUUGAGCAAAAUAGCUGUGGCUAUAUUGACUUUACCUGCAACAUCAGCUGCAACCGAGCGUUCCUUUAGUACACAAGGAUGGAUUCAUUCAUCUAAAAUAAAUAAGUUAAGUAUCGAUAGAGCUGGAAAAAUAACAUACAUUGCAAGAAAUUUAAAAUUACUUAAUCCUUCACCAAAAAAUACAGAAGAAGAAUGGGAAGAAGAUGAGGAAAGUAAUAAAGGAGAGGAUGAAAUAAGUGAAAUUUGUGCUGAGCAUGAAGAAGUUGAAUUUUUAGAAGAAGAAUUUACUCAAGACUAAUUAGUGAUGUUGAUGGAAUUGAAUCAGUAUUAGACUUGUUAUUUCCUAAUGAAAUAUGUCAAUUAUUA